CUCAACCUGACAAGCCUGUCCCCAUAGUCAUACACACACACACACACACAAACACACAGCGGGCGAGACUGAUUAGGUUUGAAUGAGUGAAGAUCCCACACUCAGACUCAGGCUCCAGUCAGUCGAGUGAAGCUCCAUCCAGUGUGUAAAGAUGCCCUCCAGUUCCACGCUGUCCGGUGGUCCUGCCGCUAAGGUGUCGGCGGAGAGCAUCCAGGCGGAUGGGAGGACGUACGAGGAGCUGAGGCAGGAGUGCCUGAAGAAGAAUAAACUGUUUGAGGACCCUGAUUUCCCUGCCUGCGACUCCUCGCUCUUCUUCAGCCAGGCCGUGCCCGUCAACUUCGAGUGGAAGAGACCUGGGGAAAUCUGCAAAGACCCCAAGUACAUCCUGGGAGGAGCUGACAGAACAGACAUCUGUCAAGGACAACUGGGAGACUGCUGGCUGCUGGCGGCGAUCGCCUCUCUGACGCUACAUAAAGAAACGCUGGCCCGAGUCAUACAACCCGACCAGAGCUUCGAUCGGGAAUAUGCUGGCAUCUUCCGCUUCCAGUUCUGGCAGCACAAUAAGUGGCUGGAAGUGGUGGUGGACGACCGGUUGCCCUGUGUGAGGAAUCAGCUGGUGUUCCUGCACUCUGCGGACAACAACGAGUUCUGGAGCGCUCUGCUGGAGAAGGCCUACGCAAAACUGAACGGCAGUUAUGAGGCGCUGAAGGGGGGCAGCACUCUGGAGGGUAUGGAGGACUUCACCGGCGGCGUGGGCGAAAUGUACGAGACCAAGAAAGCUCCAUCUGAUCUUUACACCAUCCUGAAGAAAGCUCUGGACAGAGGAUCCAUGAUGGGCUGCUCUAUAGACAUCACCAGUUCGGCUGAGUCUGAGGCUCAGACUGCAUCAGGUCUGGUCAAAGGCCACGCCUACUCCAUCACCGGCCUGACGGAGGUGGAUUACAGAGGGAAGAAGGUGAAGCUGAUCCGGGUCAGAAACCCCUGGGGGCAGGUAGAGUGGAACGGCCCCUGGAGCGACAAUUCCAGAGAGUGGAGUGGUGUGGAUAAAGCAGAGAAGACCAGAGUGCUUGAAAACUCCACAGAUGAUGGAGAAUUCUGGAUGGAGUUUGAAGACUUCAAAGCAAACUACGACAGGGUGGAGAUCUGCAACCUCACUCCAGACUCGCUGAUGGACGACACCAAGAAGAAGUGGGUGGUGAACGUGCUGGAGGGCAACUGGAUCAGGGGCUCCACCGCUGGAGGCUGCAGGAACUUCAUUGAUACGUUUUGGACGAACCCUCAGUUUAAGCUGAAGCUGGAAGAUGCUGACGGUGACGGUCGGUGCAGUGUCAUUGUGGCCCUCAUGCAGAAGAACCGCCGGAAGCUCCGCAAAGAGGGGCUCGAUCUGGAGACCAUCGGGUUCGCCAUUUACCAGGCCCCUAAUGACGAGGACCACCUGGAGAAGGACUUCUUCCGCUUUAACUCGUCUAAAGCUCGCAGCCGCACCUACAUUAACAUGCGGGAGAUCUCAGAGCGCUUCUCUCUGGACCCCGGCAGCUACCUGGUGGUGCCCACCACCUUCCAGCCCCACAUAGAGGCUGACUUCGCCCUGCGUGUCUUCUCCGAGAGCAAAGCUGAAGCCAUAGAGAUGGGGAACACCAUUGAAGCGGAUCUCCCUGAUCCACCCAUGCCCAGUCCACCAGAGGAGGAAACUCCAGAGGAAAAGGGUCUGCGGAGCCUCUUCGAACAGAUUGCUGGCUCGGAUAACGCCAUCAGCGCCUAUGAGCUGCAGGACGUUCUGAAUGGAGUCCUGAGCAGGAGGAAAGAGAUUAAGUUUGAUGGACUGACCCUGAACACCUGCCACAGUAUCAUCAACCUAAUGGAUGUGGACAACUCAGGCAUGAUUGAGUUUCAGGAGUUCAAAGUUUUCUGGGAAAAACUGAAGAAAUGGAUGAUGCUGUUCCUGUCCUACGAUACGGACCGCAGUGGACGCAUGUCCUCCUACGAGCUCCGCCUCGCUCUGAAAGCAGUAGGGAUACAGCUGAAUAACGCGCUGCUGCAGCUGAUCUGUCUGAGGUUUGCUGACAAGAAGAUGGAAAUUGACUUUGAUGAUUAUCUGACCUGCAUCGUCCGGCUGGAGAACAUGUUCCGAGUUUUCCAAGCCCUUGACACACGAAACAAAGGAGAAAUCGACCUGAACUUCCAACAGUUCCUGCUGCUGACCAUGAAUGUCUGAAUAAAGAAGAGGAAACCAGAAGAAAAUAUAUUUUUUAGGUCAAUUGCUGAAACACCCGGACUGGAUUUAUUACGCAGCAGAUUUUCCAGAGCACAGAUUUCUCCGAGCACAACGCCAGAGCCAAAUUUACUUAAGCGAAAGAUAAUCACGCAGAGUUUACUGUUUUUUAGAUGUGUGUGUGUGUGUUCUGUUGGAUUUUUUCAGGGUAUACUUUUUCAUGCUGCAGUUAUUGUGUAUUUACAUGGAUACGGAUUAUGAUUUUGAGUGAAGUUAAAAAUGUUUAUCCAUAUUUUGAGUUUUGAGUUCUGAUGUUUACAACAAAAUAAUAAAUCUGCAAACGUCAAUCACA